UGCCGCCAUUAUCGUCUGUUUCCUUCAGCGCCGUGCGGUGGCUCUGCGGGUGCCGGCAACUGAGGCUCCCGGCUCCCCCCACCCCACCGGAGCAGGCCGGGCCGGGCGGUCCGCGGAGCUCGCCCGUGUCUCGGACCCGCGUCGGAAGCCUUAGCACCGUGAAGCGUUGUUUGUGCGCCUCGGCUAAUGGGCCGCGAGCGGGGUGGCCGCGCCAAGGUUUAUGAGCGGUUUUAGCGGCUCUGGCAGCUAUAUAUUUAGAGAGGCGGGGAGGAGUGAGCACCGAGAGAAGGCAACUCGAUACCUCUGAGGCGUCAGCGCAGUUCUGGUGCCAAAGUGUAAUUUUUUUUUUAAUGCUUUGCCCCUUAUGACGGUUAAGUCAUCUUUUUAAUAACUAAAAAAAAUUGGAUGCUGCUCCUAGUUGUCCUCCCGUGUGGUUAUGGUAAAGAAGUUCACGUCAUUUGAGCAGGACAGUUAAACCUCUGAUGAAACAUUAGUCAUGCAAUAGAUACAGGAUUACUUCCUUCAGAAACAAGCACCACCAUGCUGCAGUGUAAUGAAGCUGUUAGUUGCAACCAUUUCAAGAUGUUGCAGCAAAACAUGUUUUUGGACUUGAUUUUUACCUGUUUAGUUUAACUUCUGGAGCUUCAGAAUACAGUAAGGUGUAUUUUGAAAUACUUACUAUUCAUUUGUGGAUUUUUGAGCAUCAGAAAAAAUGGGAAACAUACCUAAUUACUGUAGAGGGGCCUUGGAGAUGAUUCCUUGAAACUGCUAGGAUGCCUGGCUGUUUUAAAAAGACUUUAUUUGCCUUGGCCUCUAUAAUAAGUUUUGCGUCUUUUCUCUUGAUUGUUGUUGCAAUGGGGACCCAAAAGUGGAUGACUGGAAAGAUCCUUUGCAAGACAGGAGUCGAUUUAGUCAAUGCCACAGAUCCAGAGCUGGUCAAGUUCAUUGGAGAAAUUUACUAUGGACUCUUUCAGGGUGGCAAAAUCCGCCAGUGUGGGUUGGGUGGGCGUCGUUCCAAAUUCACAAUUUUCCCACAUAUGGUGAAAAAGCUGAAUACAGGCCUGCAUGUGAUGAUUGUAAUGUUCCUUUGCGUGGCCCUUUUCUUUUCUCUGGUCAGUUUUGGAUUCUGCAUUCUUAACGCAAUCAAAGUUCCCUACCGGGCUAUUAAAGGUCCAGCAGGAGUGUGCCUCUGGAAUUUCCUUGCAGGUGGAUUUAUAGUACUUGCAGUCACCAGCUUUAUGGCUGCUGUAAAACUUCAUCACCUCACAGAAAGAAUUGCCAAUUUUCGGGAAAAUGUCUUUCAGUUUGUAAUCUUAGAAGAACAGUUUGAAGACUGUUUUUGGCUUUGUGUGGCAAGUGCCACAGCACAUGCAGUAAAUUUGUUGCUACUAGCCAUAAGUGGGAUUAAUUUCCCUAAGAUUAAGACUAAAACAGAAGAAGCAAAUGUUGCACCAGAAGAUAUCAUGUACUAAUAAAUCUACAUAAAGUACUUUGAUGAAGUGAACUGUCACAAUAGAAACAGUUCUUUGGCUCUUCAGCUUUUGAUUUGGAUGGACAAUUUUGGUGCAAUCAUCAGUACAGAUGCCACUUGCAAAAAUCUUCAGUAUUUUUUAAGUUCAGUCUACAGUACCAGCAAUUAAUGUUGAGUGUGGGAAAAAGAAAUGCUAGAAAUAUCAUUAUUUUCAAAACUGACCAAUAUAUGCAGUGAAUAUAUGCUAUCCACUGUAGUUUUUACAAAAUUCGUAUCUGAGAAAACUGUGGUGAAAUAUCUUUUUUGUUUAGAAAGAAAGAUAAUACAGAUUUAUUUCAAAACAGAAAGAACAGACAUUUGCCAAUUACUUUCUCAAAAUCAUCUGAAAAAUUUGAGAGGACCAGAUAAGAUACAGUUGAUGAUGUGCUGCAGCACUGGAAAAGAGAACUUCAGUAUCUGUGAAGCUAAAGUUUAGGAGAAACACAGGGAUAAGUAUGUGUGAAAUGGUGUUAAAACAGAAAUUAUCAAACCCCAGAAGAGAAAGAAGUGAGAAAAGUGAAGUUUAUAGGAUGCUAGUAAACAAAAAAAUUAUUACCUGCAAGAUGAAGGUUUCAUUGCAGCCUCUGAAAGGAAAGGAAACAAUCUGAGUAAUGUGCUUUCGAAUCACCUGAAAAAAAUAUUAUGACAGAUCAAUGGUGUUCAGACCUCUGCCAAAUCUUGUUUCUAUCUGAAAUCAAGUGAAAAUAAUUUAUGAUGAAACAGUACUAAAAUGAAAACAAAAAUUGAUGGAACAGUACUAAAAUGAAAACAAAAAUUAAAAUAGUUAAAUGGAUGGAAGAGUUAUUUUGUUAUGAAGUAUCAGAAUUCUCACAAACAUUCAACCAAUUUUCAGGUCACAAGUAAUGAAUAUUUCAGUGAAAAGAAUAUGCAAUUAAACAUGUGAUUUUUAGAAUAAAACUACCAUAAUGAACACAUACCAACUUUUUAGUGAU